UUACUCUUUAUCAAGAUAAAAUACCUAAUUAAUUUCCGUUAUUAAAUUGGCGGCAUCAAUAUUAAUUGGCAGUGUAGAUAAAGUAAAUCCUGAUGACAUAUAUACGUACGUACAUUUUACUAUAACCAUUUAAUUUAGCAACUUCUUAUCAGAAACAAUGGAUAUUUCAAUGGACAAUCCCAUCCCAAAGAAUCACAACAGUAAAUACAUUGCUGCUAUAUUAUUUGGUCUCUUCUUCAUUGCUUCAGCAUAUCUACUAUUCAUCUUUACUAAUCCCGGCGACGGCGCCGGAUCCAACUCAUUCUUUUCUUUUCCAGAUUUUCACUGUAAUUGUCAAUCUUCAACAACAAUUAGCAAUGGAACUAGCUCUAGUCUUGUUUCUAGCCAUAGAGACGGCCUUGAAGAAGCUCUGGCCGGAGCAUCAACGGCGAACAAAACCGUAAUAAUCGCGAUGGUGAAUAAAGCAUAUGUUGAAGGUGAUAAGCCAAUGCUAGAUAUAUUCUUGGAUAGCUUUUGGCUUGGGGAAGAUACAAGAAAUUUGAUCAGUCAUCUUCUUCUAGUUACAGUUGAUCGGACGGCUUAUGACAGGUGCAUGUUUCUUGGACUCCAUUGUUACAAGCUUGAAACAGACGGUGUUGAUUUUGACGGUGAGGUAGUGUACAUGUCGGAAGAUUUUAUAAAGAUGAUGUGGAGAAGAACAUUGUUGCUAGGGGACGUACUAAAGCGAGGAUAUAACUUUAUAUUUACGGAUACUGAUGUAAUGUGGUUACGGAACCCGUUUCCAAGUCUAAUCGUAGACGGAAGUGUAGAUUUUCAGAUGAGCGUCGACAAUUUCAACCACGACGAGUGGUCAGAUGGCAACCCAAUAAACACAGGAUUUUACAUGAUAAGAUCCAACAAGAAGACCAUUACAUUAUUUGACUCAUGGUAUGCAAGAAAAAACAGCUCCGUCGGACAGAAAGAGCAAGAUGUUUUGGACAGCAUGAUGCGUGAGGGUGUGUUCAGGGAUCUACGGCUCAAAAUGAGGUACUUGGACACUCAAUUUUUCAGCGGAUUUUGCCAAGAUAGCGCCGAUAUUAGGGCUGUUAUUACUGUUCAUGCUAAUUGUUGUCGGACUAUAAGUGCAAAAAUUGUUGACCUUACUGCUGUUAUUCAUCACUGGAAGAGAUUCAAGAAAUCAUCGGCAGCUAAUGAAACGACUACGUAUGGCAUGUUGAAUGAUCAUGCAGCUUGUAAGAAUUCUUGGUCGUAGAAAACAGAUUCAUGAAGCGAUACAAAAUUUUAAAUAGAUUUUGCCAGUUUGGGAGUCGAUUAAUUGAUCAUAAAAAAAGAAGUUGGCAUCCAACUUUAUUUUUCA